AUGUUGUUGGGAUCUAACAGUACUAUUGGUGAUAUUCAGACGGGAUUCAUGAAAUUGAUCCCCAUGUAUUCGAUGAGACGGUCAAAGAGUGCUUCCAUAAAUGACGGGCUUGCAAAAAACGAAAAAACGACAUCCAGAAGCACGAACCAAAGAGAACGAAGUCGUAGCUUGGAACUGGAAAGUGUUCCGAAUAAUAAAAAUAGGUCGAAAAGAAGGUCUAGAUCGAAUAACAAUUCGGUGAAGGUUGUAAAUAGAAGCCAGGCAAAGACGAUGUCUUCGCUGAAAGCAUUAAGAGGAGGAAAUAUGCCAAAGUCCAGCAUGAGCCUCUCUCCAAGUUCCAGUAAUGGCGCCAGAAGUUAUUCAAACUCCAGUGAUAAUUCGCUCCCACCUUCACCAUAUCUGGAGGAGGAUAUCCUGCCAUACACAUUAACAGUUGACGUAUCCGAAUACCAUAUGGAAAAGUCACAUAUCCACAGGUCGGGACACCAUACACUUCUAGAGAGAAGAAAAGUUAGAUUCGAUUGA